CUAAUAUUGAUGAACAUGACGAGCGCAGCUGAGGGAGAAAGUUGCGGGGUUGGGUGGAGCAUGGACCGGGCAUCGGGACAUUGAAAAUCCCCUCAGAAUCCUCCUCCACAUUCUUCAGUGGCACGACUUUGCCAUUGCACUCCUAGCUCAUGUCGUCCUCUUGGACGAACUUCUCCGUGCGCCCUCAUGAUGACGGGCCUCAGAUCAUCAGCGAAGAUGUUCCUGCGUGCGCAUCCUGUCGGAGAAGGAAGCUCCGCUGCAGCAGAGAGACCCCCAUGUGCUCUCAUUGUGAGAGACUUGCGAUAAGUUGUGUUUACGAGGCAAAACAAAAGCCUGGGCUGAAACUCGGCGCUGUGGAGGCCCUGUCCCGUCGCGUUGCUUUGCUAGAGCAAAUAUUAUUAGACGAGGAUGGAAAUAUCAAGCCUCAGUACGAUGAUGCAAAAGAGGUCGAAACACAGUCGCAAGGCCCUGAGGUGCAAUACGAAGGAAUAAAUACUUCUGGUCCGACGAUAACUUCUGAGUCGAUUACUUCCCCAAUAUACCCCCAAACCCCUCAAGAUGGGCCCCCACAAAAUCGUUCUGCAGACACUGCCGCCAACCCGCGCAAACGUAAGCUGGAUCGACCUAUUCAAGCGGUUGAUUUGUUCGACUUGCGCUUGAUAGAUAUUGCUGAUUAUCUGCCCGCGCAACCACUCAUCUUAAGGAUAGUCGAUUACUUUUGCAUCUCCUUCCAUCACUGGAUUCCGUACUUGCAUAAAGCACGCCUACGCAAAGCUGUCAUCGAGAACACACGAAAUCCUGAAUUUGACCUCGUCCUGCAUGCUUUGGUUGCAGCAACAUUGCGCCAUCUAGACCACAAGGAUACUUUCUUAGAUGAUGAUCAGGUACUGUACCAGACUAAGAUCUCGAAAUUCAUAGUCGAAACUUUUGCGAUCAAGGAAGUAUCAUUAGGUAGCUUGCAAGCUCUGAUUUUAAUUGUGUUUGAUUAUCUCAACUCGGGCCAGCAGACUAAAGCAUGGCCUCUUAUCGGGUCACUUACAAGAACGGUCGUCUACCUGCAACUUACACUGGAGCCUUCAGCUUCCCAGUCUAGGGCUUUGAUGAGCCCGUUGCGGUUGAUUCAAUCGACAACAGAUUGGACCGAGCUUGAAGAGCGGCGUAGGCUAUUCUGGGUCAUUUUCUUGCUUGACCGAUGCUGUUCGGUUUCCACAGGUUGGAAUACUAGCCUCACCUCAGAAGACGUGCAUCGAAGACUGCCUGCCGAUGGAGGUUAUUUCACUCGCGAAGAGCCCGUCACAACUCCCUAUUUUGGGAUCUGGAAUAAGGCUGCCGCACGCAUCGGUCGAUCCCUCGCCCAUGUGCCCGCACAAUACAACGACGAUGAUCCAGCAAAUGAUCAAGUGCAAGGGUGUAGCCCGGGCUCCGUGAACAGUUUGAUUGAUUCUUCGAAACUCGGCGCCUUUGCAUAUUGUAUCGAAGCUACAGAAUCCUUGAGCCAAGUGACUACAUUCUUCCUUCAACAGCCAAUCAAUUGGAGAGACAAGGAUCAUGCGAUCAAUUGGCUAACGCGUUUCAAAGAGUUGGAUCUUCGUCUAGUACAGUGGAAGCUAUUCCUACCUCCUCGUUGGAAAGAUUCCGAUAUUUCACCAGAUGUGCAAACACCCAACAUGGACCCGAACCUCACGAUUGCUCACAUAACACACAACACAUCGAUGAUAUUCCUGCACCAUCCAAUCGCAUACCCAACUUCAGGUUGGAACGAUAUUGUUGCUCUACCGAAAGACUGUUCAGCACAAACUUGCGAGCAUGCGGCUAUAGAGACCGCGAACAUUGUCGAUAAGUUUCUCACAUAUCAACCGAUAUUUGUGAAUGUCCACUUUGCCUUUUGUACUUUCGUGGCUGCAAAGGCCCUUCUAUAUCAGCACCAAGCUAGUAGUGCGCCUCUCCGACCCGAAUUCGAAGUUCUUCUUCGUGGGCUUCGAGAAAUGUCAGCACGAUGGAGAGGUAGAGACGUGCAUAACAAAGAAAAUAUCGAUGAGAAUGUGGACCAAGCUGGAGAAUUUGCCAUGCAUCUCGAUUAUCUUUACGAUCGUGGCCACAACAACCCCCCGUUCCGAUUCGACUUAUACGACCAUUCAUGUCGAAAGGUUGACCACCCCUAUUCUUCGCCAGUAGCUGAAUGGACGCCGCAGCGCCAACCAUCCAUUACCAACAGCCACCUUUACAACGAAAUUGGCAAUGCAAAUGGUGGCGCAACGUCGGUAAACAACCGGCGUGCCCCUAGCAUAAACGCCAUUGUCUACAAUGCACCCCAUAAUACCCAUUCCCAAACUUCUACAAAUUUCCAACAGCCACAACAACAAUCGUCACCCAAUCUAACAGCUCCCUACAUUGGCUCUAGACCACCGACUGAAUUCAUGCCAGUAAAUCAGGCAGUCUACCCCAGCCAUUUCCAGAAUAUGCCCACUACACCAUCAGUCCCCGGCAAUGUAUCGACACCUACAAUGAAUCAGACCACCAAUGGGAAAGGUACAGGGCAAGAUGAUAGCCUGUUGAGUCUUUCAGACGCAUUGAUGGACUCGCAAUUUUUGGAUCUGGACAGGGUGAUAACAUUCGAAGAUACGAACUUCUAUGUCCCAGUCGAUGGGUUCAAAUGGUCGUGAGCUUUUUAAGCGAUGCAGGGUCCUGUAUGAGUACAAGGUUGAGGUUCGAGACCGCUUCGUAUAAAAAAACUAUCUUCAUUUCUAGCGUACAAAAUACGAUGGUUGCUCUCAACCAGGCCUCACUAAUAUACUGUGCCUACCCGGCGCUGCAUAAUCUCUUUGCAGUUUUUCCAUAGUUGCAUCUACAAGAUUGCUCGGGAGAUGCAUUCCUCAUCAACUCGAAACGGCCACGGUGGUUUUUGAAGCAGUUACCACCACCUAUUGCAUGAUCGACAACGAAUAGGUUCACUGUCUCAUCUAUCAUGUGUACGAUAACUUUCUUAUGUACUUCUUAUCAGAUGGAUGACUGAGGGUAAAAUUGUUAGGAGCACGCACGAAAGAUUUUGAUAUAAGGAAC